AUGACCAAAAAGCUACCCUCAGAGUUGAAGCAAACGAGAAGGUCUAUCCAGACUGCCUGUGAGUUCUGCCAUACUAAGCACAUACAAUGCGAUGUGGGUAGACCAUGUCAAAAUUGUCUAAAGAGAAAUGUUGGAAAUGUUUGCAGAGACAAGAGGAGAAAAUCAAGGAAGCGGGUGGAAAAACAUAGGAUACAUGGUGAACCGUCUUUGGCAAAGAGGCAGACGAUACAUGAUGUACCAUCAAAGACGAUUUCGCCUUCCAGCGUACAAUUGGAGUUCAAGGCGCGGCCCCUUUUGGAACAGCGGGAUUUUUUAUCUUCAGAUCUGAAUAAGGCUACUCGUCCUACUACUAUUCAAUAUACGUACAAUAUCAAUGAUAAUAUUCAAAACGCAGGCUCUAUACCCCGCAUAACAAACUUCAAUACAAACAACGGUCGUGCCGCCUUGGAAAAUGCAUCCAAUGAUAUACCGGCCCCACAACCAUUACAUUUAGUCAAUGACCCCAUCGUCCCCACCUUACGGAAGAGCACUCUAAACCUGAAAUCACAUUUCUUAGAACAAGGUAAAGCCAUGCAUCAACCAGUGGUUGCCAAUUCGUUGGUUACUACCACUUCUAAUAUUCCGGUGCAUCCCGGAUUAAAUGGCGCUAAUGAAAAUGACGAUGCCGAUGAUGAAAGUAAUAUUCAUUUUGAUAGUAUGUGGUGCAAUGACGAGUACAUGAAACUGAAGGAUAUAGUAGAUUUUUCAACGCCGUAUAUACCGAACAACUCCCAGAUUUUUUCACACCAAGAGACGACGUUCCCGAACGGCAAUACGCCUAUGAAAGGAGACUCUCCUCUUCAUUUAGCGAAUCUUUUAAACAUGACGAAAACCACUAAUAAUAAUAAACAAUCUUCCAUUGGUGGAUCCGCCUCUACUUUCAACGCGUAUGAUGAAAUCGUGUCCAGGCCCUAUAUUUCAUUAGAUAUGUUGCAUUCCAACUCCAAUCCCAACGUAAAGCCGAAUUCUUCGAUUACUGAGAAAGCAGAAGAGAAAGGUGAUAUCUCUGAUUCGGGCCAAGAAAAGCGUGAUAGCGAUUUUAUAUCACCUUCAAAGUUUCGUGAGUUAGUGAAGACUCCUCAGGACUUAUAUGACAACAAAUUUAUAAUAAAACCUCAUGACUAUAAACUCGCGUACACCAAAUUGUUAGCCUGUCUAAGAAAAAAAUUCAUCGAAGAAACCAAAGAUGAACAAUCUGGUUCUGCAGAGUCUGGAAAGCAUAACCGAGGAAAGGACUUAACUCAUGACCUGCAGGUUAUAAUACGAUCCAUAUUGGAACGGUAUGCUCCAAUUUUCAUUUCAUUGACUUCUAAUAUGAUCGAAGAAGAUUUGUUAUUACAGGAAGUCACUUUGCAGAGAGCUUUAUUAGACUUGGAAAACAUGGCAAAAUUAGUAAGCUGCACGCCAAUAUGUAUUUGGAGAAGAUCUGGGGAAAUUUGCUUCGUUAGCAAUGAGUUUUAUUCUUUGACGGGGUUUAAUAAAAAUGUAAUAUUAGACCGGAAUUCAUUCAUAUUCGAGUUUCUAGAUCAUAAAAGUGUUUCAAAUUAUUUUCAAAUUUUUAACGAAUUGUUGGCCUUUGGUUACAAUGAUAUUAACAAAAAAAAAAAACUAUUGAUGUUAAAUUCAUCGUCUUCAACCUCGUCUAAGAUUACAGACGGAUUUUCUUUUACUACUGACGGGAAAGCCAUCUUCACUAAAUGCAACUUAUUAUUGAGUAACGGCCUGUAUUUGAAGUGUGCUUGUUGCUGGACAGUAAAAAGAGAUUUUUUCAAUAUUCCCAUCCUGGUGAUGGGUCAAUUCUUACCGAUUUUUGAUAUGGAUUAG